AAUUUGCACCGCCCAGGCAGCACAAAAAGUUUGGAAAGUACUGGCAUCGUUACAUUGCUCAAUGCACCACAUCCUCGCCCGUGGAUUAAAAAGCCUACUUUAUCUGUGGUAGACACCUACUUAAAAAACAAGCACACUUCAACCUCCACCCGACUGUCUUCACACCCCAGAGACUGAGAUUCAGCUUUCUCCAACACCUUAAACUUCAGCAGCAGAGAUGGAGAAUUGUGUGACACGGUUUGCCCUUCUUCUGUACAUCACUACUGCAGCAUUUGUCUCAAGUCAGACAUGCAACCCAAAGAAGGGUAAUGGCGGGCCAUGGAUCGUGAGUGAGAUGCUAAUUGGCUGCUGGACCAGUUUUGUCAGAGAAGACAAGGCAGAGGUCCACAUCCUUAACCUGAACUUUGACAAGGAGGAUUCCAUGAUUAAAAUCCAGAUGACCAAUGCAAAGCCAAUGCACCUCAUCCUCACAGCAUCAAGCAGCGUUUAUGCUUUACACGAACUGAAUAGCAAGGUUCACCUAUAUAGAAGCAAUGGCUCCAAAAUUCAGUUAAUUGACAGCAUCGUACAGAACCCGGAGAGCAAUGUCCAUUACGUCGAAGGUUUACCCACUGAGAAGGAGGAGCUGGUAAAGUGGGCAACACAGAAGUUUGAGGGUGUGACUUCAUUCACUACUCUUCAUAAUUUGAUAAAUAUCACAUCAACAGGAAUGCAAGGAACCAAGCCCGGCUCUCCAAACUGUACACUUGAAAUUGAAGAUCCGUUGGAGAAGCAUUUCAUGAGGAUUGAAACAGAUCCACUCAAAUUUUGCUUCCCACAGCAACAGACCUCCAGCGAUAAAACAGAGCUUCAUAUCUUAAACAUCCCAGAGAAUUCCAGUAUUCGCAAUGUAUCACUGCGCGUCAAUGCAGAGAAGCAAAACCGCGUGUUCCUGAGGGGCCCUCAGGGCACCAAAUGGAGCUUCAUCAGUUUAAAACACACCACGUUUGCUUCCAACAAUGAAAUAGUGCUUUUAGACACAUUCGUGUACACAGUGCCACCCGUGUUCACACUGACCAGUGAUAACGCAGUGGAUGUGCAAAGGAAGGCUUUGGAGUAUUUUAAUGUCACAACUUUCACCAGCUAUACUGAAUUGACAUUAGAACCAAAAGAGUUAAGGAUUUCACUGGUCCGUCAGAAAAAAGAGACCCCAUCAGUUCCAGCAACUGUUCCAGCACCAGGCAAUCUCGUUACGACAAAUUCCCCCGGUGGCAUCCCCAUGGUGAUAAGGCUAUACACCUCUGCAGACUAUCGGUCACCCUUAGACCCUAACGCCAAAGUCCAGACUGACAAGCGAAUUUAUGCAGAGAUUUCUGCGCAAACUAUAGGAGGUCUAGUCGUGACUAUGAAGGUGAACAGCUGCGUUUUGCAAUCAAGAGGCUCGUACCCUCUGAAGAAAAAACUGCCCUUCAUUUCAGUGGACUGCCCCUUAAAUUCUUGUCCUAACAGGGCUCGAUUCAGUUUCUCCUUAGAACAGUUUCAGGAGCUUACAUCCACCACAUGGGACAUUGAAUGUGAUGUGGACUUUUGUUACACUGUGGACUGUACAUAUGGAGGAAGUGCCAAGGGGAAUUUGGAGUUUACCCAACCAUGCCCACAACCCCCAACCUCAACAUGCUUUAAUUUUGGCCUGUCUGGAGUUCUGGGCAUUGCCUUUGGAGGGUUCCUGAUUGGGGUAUUACUUAUUGGAGCGCUGUGGUUUAUCAAAAUCAAAACAGGGUAUCCAACUGGACUGGAGAUGAAUUCAACUGUAGUCAAUAUUCCUGGAUGUCCUUGCUCAGGAGCAAAGCGACAACCUGUUUCUACCAACCCAUCCCCGUCUGAGAACAGCAGCGCCAAUGCUAGCAUUGGAAGCACCCAGAGCACACCGACCAGCAGCAUGGCUUGAGAAUAUGGUAUUUUCACCCAGCGGGGCCACCAUCCUCCUUCAGUCACCUAUAUGGGUUUUGCGCUUUUUUUUUUUUUUUAAUUAAUUAAUGCUCGAAAAGCAUUCCAUUCCCAUUUCCUGUAAAUUCUCCUUUAAAAAGUGCAACCCAUGUCUUUGGCAUACCACAUCUGAAAUGGAUGUGAUCUGGGAGCUUGUAAUUGUUGAUGGGGAGGGCUGAGUGAUGGUUAACCAAAGUCUAAUCAUUGGCUUCUGAUGUUCACCUUUGCUACCUCUCUGUAAAGUCAAACUCUUAGACAGGAAGUUAAAGAGGGCAAAAGAAAAAAAAAAAAAUUGGAUUGCAGCAACAGGAAAAACAAACCAUAUCCCCACAAGAGCUAACAGGAAAUUCACUGCAUUCCUUCCAAUGAAUUGUGCUUGUGUGCUGGCAGCACAAUAAUAGUCAGACAGGAGACAAACCAAUCAAAAGAAA